CCAAGCCCAAUGAAUUCAUCAAAACGUAUCGCACGCGCGGGCCAUGUGAGAGCCAAGAAGCAAAUUCUGUUUCGGUGUUUCCACAGGCGCUUAGCUUCCCGAAGAUCAGCGAGACAAACUGAAAGCUACUCUCCGGCCAGCAACUGUUCUGCCGGUUCUUCUUCCUCUUCGCCCUCUCUCAAGUCUCACCAAUGGCGUUUCUCUUUAACAAAUUCCAAGAGGCAGUGAAAGUUCUUGCAAAAAGCCCUACAUUUGCUAAGGAUCCAAGGAAAAUGCAAUUCGAAGCGGACAUCAAUCGUCUAUUCCUGUAUACAUGCUACAAUCGCUUAGGGAGGACUGCGGAAGAGGCGGACGUGGAUGAGGUAAUCGAAAUGGCCAAUAAAGCUUCUGUUGAUGAUCAGCAGAAGCAAGUGCAGGAAAACAUCCAUUCUCAAACUAGAAACUUCUCCACAGCAAUGGACUCUAUUCUUCUCUCUGGCCCUAUUGAAGGAGAUGAGGCAGGUGGUGGAAGCUCUAAAGAUGUAGAUGCCGCCCCACGUAGAAGUGGCCUUAGUUUUGCUGUCGGCCAGAGGGGGCCAUCUUCCAAGCAUCCAGCUAUUCCAAAGACAAAACCGUUAAGCCUUGCUGAAGUCUCUCUGAGACUAAAGGAGAGCAUUGGCUACGCACUUGAUCUCAAGCCGUCUCAGAUACCCCAUGAGGCAGCUGGAACAGGGUUGUUUGUCAAUGGUGAAGUAGAUGUUGGCACUGUGAUUGCCUUCUACCCAGGUGUGAUUUAUGCCCCUGCUUACUACCGGUAUAUCUCUGGGUACCCAAGGGUUGAUGCAAAGAACCCUUACUUGAUCACAAGGUAUGACGGAACUGUGAUCAAUGCUCAGCCUUGGGGUUCUGGUGGUGAUACUCGGGAACUAUGGGAUGGGUCGAAGCUUCCAGAAAACCAGCCCAGCUCUCCAAGCGGCGACGAGAAAGGAUCAGACCGGCUUUGGAAAACACUCAGCAAGCCUGUGGAAGGGACACGAAUCAGUGGUGGUGCUGGCGAAAUCAUCGAGAGAAGGAAUCCACUUGCUUUGGCUCAUUUUGCAAACCACCCUGCGAAAGGGAUGGCUCCUAAUGUCAUGAUUUGCCCGUAUGACUUCCCGCUGACAGAGAAGGAAAUGAGGACUUAUGUGCCAAAUGUUUCAUUUGGGAAUGCAGACCAAGUAAGUAUGAGAAGAUUUGGCAGUUUUUGGUGGAGAACUGGGUCCAGAGAAGGCAGUUCUGAUGUUCCCAUCAUGAAGGCACUUGUCUUGGUGGCUACCAGGGCGAUCUGUGAUGAAGAAGUUUUGUUGAACUACAGACUGAGCAACUCGAAGAGGCGACCAACAUGGUACACUCCAGUGGAUGAAGAGGAAGACCGAAGGAGAUGGAGCUAAAAGAGUUAGCUUAGGUUACCGGGAAAUAGUUUCAAGGAUGGCUUGCUCCUUUUACAGAGAUUAUUCUUAUAGCAUAAGGUCGCUCCCAACUACGAGUGUGCCAUUUCCAUCCCUUAAUUGCCUGAAUCUUCUCAGCCUCAUCUUCUAUUUAUGGGUGCAGACAAGAAAACAUACUUCGGGGUGAUCAGUUUUUUGACACAAUAAAUCCCUUGCAGUCAUCUCGCAAAGCUGAGAGGAGUUAUAGUCUCAAGUCAUGUAGAACCAACAUAAUAUGGGAUACUAAAUAGUUCCCUUUUUGUCCUUCUGUAACAGCUGGACUAUUGACAGCAACCACCCAUGGCUUUCUUGUUGAUUCUUAGCUAGGCAUAGCCCCCUGAAGUCCAGUGUUUCUGCGGUGACCUUUUCAUUUAUAGUUUUCAUCUUGUUACAUUUUUGGGAAGUUUUCGUCAUCAUCAAUGAAAGAUCAAUCUUUGAAGCUUUGGUAUGCAUAAAAAUUGGAUUGCUAUUGGACACCAUCGGGAACUAAGAAGCAAGAUGCGUGGUUUAGCUUUAUAUAUAUAGCAUUCAUUCCAUGAUUUAUAUAUGUUAACCGCAGGUUUGAGGUCCUCCCAGCUUCUCAACCUCAUACAACAAGCCACUUCUUAGGAUGUGGUGUCCAGACUUUGCAUCACUACAAACAGAACCCCAUCACAGAAGCUAAGCAGUGACGCGUGCAGCGAAACUUAAAACCAAUGGGGGUUACAGGUUUAGUUGCAUUGUCACUGUGCAUGUUUCUGUGGUUGGUGGGUGUUUCACCAACACAGGGAGCUGUUGAUCCCGAGAUCAUUGCAGCUCAAUCAGCUGACCGGGUCUUCUACAUCCCAGAGCAGCCGUCCGUGAACUUCCUGCAGUAUGCUGGGCAUGUCACAGUUGAUGAGAGCCACGAGAGGGCGCUGUUCUACUGGUUCUUCGAGGCAGCUCACAAGUCGGAGGAGAAGCCUUUGCUCGUCUGGCUCAAUGGAGGGCCAGGAUGUUCUUCGGUUGGGUAUGGGGCAGCUCAAGAGAUUGGACCGUUUCUGGUGAAGAAAGGACAUCAAAUAGAACUUAACCGCUACGCUUGGAACAAAGCUGCCAACCUACUGUUCUUGGAAGCUCCUGCUGGGGUGGGAUUUUCAUAUUCAAACAACACUUAUGCUCCAGGAGACAGUGUCACCGCGUGGGAUUCCUACAACUUUUUGAACAAGUGGUUGAAGAGAUUCCCGCAGCACAGGGAUAGUGAACUGUUCAUAGCAGGAGAAAGCUACGCUGGACACUAUGCACCACAACUGGCUGAAGUGAUCUUUGAUCAGAACAAGAUCUACUACUCCCUCAACGACUCCUCUAAUUACAUCAACCUCAAAGGCUUCAUGGUAGGAAACCCAUCAUUGGACGAUGGAACGGACAGCAAAGGAAUGAUCGACUAUGCAUGGGGCCAUGCGAUGCUGUCGGACAAGGAUUACCAGUCCAUAAUGUCUAGCUGUGAUUUCACGAGGGACGACUCGAACCAGACCGAGCCGUGUCAAAAUGGAAUGGCAAAUUACUACAAGCUGUAUUCUAUCAUAGACAUGUACGGCGUCAACUCCCCAACGUGCCAUCUGCCCACCAAUUCUAGCCCUGGUUUCCGGGGCCGACUGCCAAACAACAGGACGAUGAGGAUACCUGCCGGCGCAGGGUAUGAUGCAUGCACCAGCAACUAUGUGUUUGAGUAUUUCAACCGACAGGAUGUACAGGAAGCAUUGCAUGCUGACCUCAACAAAGUCCCUCGCCCAUGGGACCUUUGCAGGUCAGUGUUUACCUCAUCUCUAGCUUUCGAUAUGCUUGGGCUUGGGCAUGGGCAUGGGCGGUAGAAUGAAAGCGCUUUCUCGGUGCUCCCUGUGAUUAGGAAGCUGCUUGAUGGAGGCCUGCGCAUUUGGUUCUAUAGUGGAGAUGCAGAUGGUAGGAUACCAGUGACCUCAACGAGGUAUGCACUGAACAAGCUUGGGGUGAACAUAACUCAAGAUUGGACUCCUUGGUACAACCAGGAAGAGGUUGGAGGAUGGACAAUAAGUUAUGCAGGAGGGCUGACAAUGGCGACGGUGAGAGGAGCUGGCCACGCCGUCCCAGUACUAGCACCGGACCGUGCUCUCCUCCUCGUCUCUCACUUCCUCGACAACAUCGACUUGCCACGUGCCUCCUCUUGAUUCAUUAUCAUCGUUAAUCUGUUGUAUUCAAUUCCAUUCCUUUCGAAUAUAGUUCAUCGGCUGCAUUUCCCAGGGUUCGUAUCGUUGUCUUGAUAACUUUGUACCAAAUUCUGUUGUUGGCCUGCCUCGUUUUUGUAUAUGCCAUGGCUAUGAGAAUCACUAUUCAUUUACCAUUUAACUCAUAUCAAAACCCUCUCAUCUUUAUCAUC